AUGGACUUCGCGGCUUGUAUCGAGCCACUUAUAAGCCCUCUCGCACCUUUCGCAGGCGAUCCUCUCGAGUAUGACUACGUGCGUUGGUGCCAGUCGGAACACGAUGACGUUUCCCGUGACUCUAACACAGCCCCCGGCCCAUGGGACCGCUCCGUGCUAAACCCGAAGAAUCGAGUGGAAUAUUAUGGCGGCCUAUUCCAGAGCGCGCUGGGCCGCGACCAGAAGUGUCCAAGGAAGCCAUGGAGAAUGGACGGUUGCUCUGCGCUAGGACGCCGGUUUCUCGUCACACCCCUGUACAUGGAAUCGGAGCGUCCUGUGAAGAUGAUUGACGUUAUAAUACCUUGCCAGUCGGCGCAAGAUCCGUCUAUCAGGCGACAGCUGCGGUCGUCGGACGCGGUGACCGCAACGGGAAAUGGCGCGCUGAGGAGGUUAGGGAUAAGUCAAUAUGUCGUAGCCGCCGUCGAAUCAUGGUCGUUGCGACUCCCCUACUUUGAUCAGAUCUAUAGAGAUAUCAGCUUCGGGUCCUCGAUGAUCAUGGAAACCAUGCCACACAACCCCCGAAAUGCAAAGUUUCGCUUCCACUCGAGCCUGGGAUUUGAGGACUGUCUGGUCGCAUCCUCUGAGCUCCAAGAUAUGUGGCAACUUGAGGCCGGUGCCUGGCCUCCGUUAACUCUUUCCAUCGGCGCUCUCCACCUUGUCUCCCAGCUAAGCGAAACGGUCGUGGUGGUAGAACUCCCCAAGUCAUCCGGCCUGGUUGGGCGUUUUGUCUUCAAAACGAAUACAAGGGCUAUGCACCGCCUCUAUCACGAACUCAAGGUCUUAUUGACGCUUGACCCACAUCCAAUGAUCCUGGGCAAGCCUCGCGCCAUCAUUACGACCGAUCCGAAUGCAGAGUCGCCGGCAGGUGGCGCCAAGGUUCUAGGUUUCAUUAUGGAUUUAGUGCAAGGACCAACCCUCCGAGACGCGCUUACGAUGUAUCAAGACAUUCCGCUAGGUCUUCAGCUAAAGUGGUCGGUGCAGCUCAUCUCUGCGCUCCAGCACAUCAUGGCUUCGCCCUUGCAAUUCCAUUCCGACUUGAAACCAGACAAUAUUCUCAUUGAUGAGUCCAAUGACGAGAGAAACCUCGUCUUGAUCGAUAUGGAGCAGGCUGGGAACUGGGAUAGCUUUUGUGCCCCCGAAAUCCUUUACGCAUCGCGGAUGAGAAGGCUUACUUCUCAUGAGCUGGUCCCGCAGGAGAAGCAGGCCGCAUACAGACAGCUUCUCGGUGCUAUUUUUCCGCUUCCCCAAUCUCUGCCUAGAAGAUAUCUAAACCCCCGUCAUGGAUAUUACCUCGAGUGGACAAGUCUUCCUCCCAAUCUUCAGGAGUCUGCCAUGGUUUUCGCCGUCGGCAAACUGCUCUGGUGCAUAUUCGAGAGGCACAGCUAUAGCGAUCAAUCGCGUGCCGAACUCGGUGGUGGAUCCGUCCCCAUAGAGUCUUUGCCACCUCAGAGCAACUUGGAAGGGCUUCGGGAGCUGAUACGAAAUUGCACUCAAGGGUCUCCGGGGCCAGAAACAGAGAGAGUUCGAAUCACCUGGAGGGGAUCAAAGGUCUCGGCGGCCGUUCGUGAUGACGCGGGUGCAUGGACAGAGGUAAGCUCCCCUCGGGACAUUAUGCUGGCCUCGAGGAGAUUUUGGGACGGACAAUUAGUUGCCAUGGAGAAUUACGUUAUGGCGAAGGCCAGGUGGCUACGCGGGUCACACAAUGAUGACGAUAUCCGUCUCCUUGGCUUUGCAUCCAGGCCCAGCCUUAGCCAGGUGUUAGGCUGCCUUGAAAACUGCCUCUCAAAAAUCUAA